UCGACUGCUUUAGUCUGGGCUGUCGCCUGGUCGAAGUCCAGCUGGAGAUCAUAUAAACAAACUCCAGAAUGUCUUGAUAGACGUCACAUAACUAAGUCUUAUAUUGGUUUAUUUUAUUUUUUUGUAUUAUACUUUUAUUGUCAGAUAUGCAGGACUCCGUGGACUGCCUUGUCCGAGUGCUGGAGUCCCACCGGGGAAGAGAUAAAAUCAUCAGGACGCUUUGCUAUGGCUCCCAGCUGGUCGGAGGCGUUCUUUCACGUAAGGCGGAUUCGUCGUCUCACAACCUCGGGGAAAGUCUACUGCUGUUUUCUGCCCAGCUCAGCCACUGCAGGACAGUACUUAGGCUCUUUGAUGAUAUCUCCAUGCUGGCUUAUUCCCACAGUUAUGGAUUUGGAACCGAGGAGGAAGAUGGAGUCGUGCGCUGGAUAUCGGUGCUCGCGAAUGUGGCCGACCAGCUCUACUACCCGUGUGAGCACGUGGCCUGGGCAGCUGAUGCCCACCUCGUUCAAGCCAAGUCUGAUCGAUGGUGGCUGCUGAGUACGGUGCUGUGGGGAACCUCGCUGCUGCUGGGGAUACUCAGGUCACUCCGAGUCCUGCUGCUCCUCAAGAGACAGAGGAGGAGAUGCGAGCAAGAUGGAAGCAGCAGCGACCGUCAGCUCCGCAAACAGAUGCAGCGAGAACUGCUGUCUGUCGUGGGCUCCGUGGCGGACCUGAGUAACGCCAUCCACUGGAUGCCGCAUGGCUUCCUGUGGGCAGGUCGAUUCCCCACCUGGAUGGUGGGGCUGAUGGGUACCAUCUCUUCUCUGAUUGGUUUGAUCAGGCUGUCAUGUGAUGCUUAGUCGUCCCGAGAGUGUGUCCAUCACUCUUUUAUGGGUAUUCAUUCCAUUUCAAGAUAAAUGUAAAUAAAACAAUGAACAUUUCUAACCUUAAUGGAGCUUAAUUAGUAUAUAAUUAUUUAUAAAUGUCAUUAAUCUUACCAAUUUAAUAGUGUAGUUAUUUUUAAUCGAAGCAAACUGUAACAGAAUGAAGGUGUCGCUAUGCUACUGUAUGUUAUCCAUGAGUCACUCAGUUGCAGUGCAGCUUCCGACCACAUGAUGGCGGUAAUGAGUCAGUUAGUUGUUUAACAAGCUCACAGACGACCAGAAAAAGACUUUCAACUACAACUAGCGAUGGCGAAGUUUUAAAAACGGGAAAAAAUGAAGACAAAAGUGGUGCAAGUCCUCCUCAAAAGACUAAAUUUAAGUACAAUUUAAGUUAAAUGUAAGUACAAUUAUGACUUCUUCAAGUACGGCUUUGUAAAUGUCGGAAGCGGAAGUGUGUGUCUGUUGCUAUCGAAGGCUUUAAUAGUAAAAUGUAAAUAUUGGUCUUUUUAUUAAUAAGCCUGACUUAAGUCUUCACAUUUUUUCUUACUCAAUUAAUUAUUAGCAAAAGUUAAUUUUUUUGAUGAUCACAUUUUAUCAUGUCAUGUUAUUAUUCAUUCAACUUUAUUCAGGUUUUAGCUAGUUAGCUUGUGAGUGGAUUUGAUUUAUUAUUAAAAAUUAAUUGGCUCGAUUAAAUCUAUACAGUGUUAAUAUUUAAUAGACGACCCUCUCCGUACUGAAAAAAAUCGGGGCCUCGACGUCAAAAAGGUUCAAAAAUGUGUGGCUCUAAAAUACAAAUCCAGUUCUAAGGCAAUACAAGACGUGGCUGAACUACACUACACUGGCCGCUUGGUGUCACUAUAGUAAUACGAGGUAGACUUCAUCAGCAAUCAGACUUUUAAUUAUUCUAGAUUUAUUUCACAACAGACAAUACCAUAAUAGUAAAUAAAAUAAAAAAUCAAAAACAGUCAUUAUGAUCAUAAUUACAUACUUAACGCCCAAUGUCACUUCCUGUCUACACAUCCUGACAUUUAUUGAAACAUAUUUCCCUGAUUACAUCCACCAUAUUGGGUAAUAUGAGUGUAAAGGUGGCUAUAACUGUAUUAGUUCAUAUGUGGAUGGUUCUAAUAAUGGUAAAAAAAAAAUUUUUAGAAAAUUAAAAAAAUUUAUUUUAUUUUUUUUGGGACCGGUCCAACCAAAUAAUUGCGAUAAAAGACGACAAUGCAUUAUUUAAAACAAAAAACAAAAACAAAACAACCCUAAACUGUAUUAUGGAAAGCAGGAAGUGAACAAAUGUAACAGUUACUGAUUGUAAAAGUACCAGAUGGAGGGGUAGGAUUUAAUAAGCUUUGCUUCUUCCUACUCCUUUUGGACAUGUGGAACUGUGAACUGAUUAUGUGAUGCAUUCAAUUGUAAUCUGAUGCAUGUUCAAAUGAAAUAAAACCAUUACCAUAAAUGAGGGAUUACUGUACACAGAAAACGUUAUAUAGAUCUUUGAGUUUAGCACAGGAAAAACGGGGGGGAUCAGACGUGUGGACAGGAAGUGACAGAAGUGUAAAACCACAUUAGGUACACGUCCGGCUCUGGGCGGGUGAAGGUCACAAUUUUAAUUAGGCUUCAGAGCAAAAUGUGCUCUAUUAAAAGUAAAAAAAAAGAAAUUAGAGACACAUUACAUAACCUGCAAGAUAUGACAACAUGGACACGUUUAACGUCUCACUUCAACAAAUUACAAUACAAAAGCAACAGUAGAAAAAAAAUAUACAAAGAAAAAAAUGUCCUCUGAUGUCACAAUGUGACCGUGUCCAUGCUAACAUGCCACACCACAAAUGCUUGUCGUCGUCGGUUCCCAUCCCGGACUAUUAUAAACUCAAGCCCCUCAUUUACCGCCGCCGUUCCCGCCGGUACAUGUGUGUUUUUCAGCUUGCUGUAAACGUGAGAACGUUUUGUCGCACACGCCGCACGUGUACGGUUUCAUACUUUCGUGUAUUUUCAAGUGUGCCAUUAAAUGUCCCUUUUGAGUAAAACGUGCACCGCAAGCCGAGCAAGAAAAAGGUUUUUCUCCAGUGUGCAACAUCAUGUGUUUCAUCAAAUUGCUCUUUUGAGAGAAACUGCGAGCGCAAACUGAGCAAGUAAAGUGUUUGUCUUUACUGUGCUUAUUCUUGUGAUUAAAUAAAGCUAUCGGCGUAUGGUAGCGCUUAUUACACACCGGACACUCGUAUGGUUUUUCUCCGGUGUGUGUCCUCAUGUGGCCGUCCAAACUGUACUUACUUUUUAAUCCUUUGCCACAAAUUGAGCAGAUAAAAGGCGCGUCGUCUAAAUGUAUUCUCAUGUGUUUUUUCAGAAGAUUACUUUUAAUGAAUGCGUUGCCACAAACUGAGCACGAAUAUGGUUUUCCCAUAGCGUGUACUCUAAAAUGUGAGGUAAUUUUCCUCUUAUUUGGGAAUGUUUUCCCACAAAAUACACACUCAAAUGUUUUUUCUCCACUGGCUGUUGUGUGUAUUGUCAUGUGUGUCUCCAAGUGUUGCCGCAAGUGUCCCAUGAGUUGGAAUCGUUCACAACAAACGACGCAGAUAAUUUUAAAAUUGUUAUUGACACCUCCAGAGGCGCUUUUACUCUCGGAGGGUUCUUCUCCUCCGUCGGUGUCGUCACUCUCGGAAGAGUCCGACCCCGUGUCGGGAUCAGCUUGGGAAUGUGGACUCGUGGGGCCUUUUGGCUCCGAUCCCCACAACUGGUCUUUAUGAGCUUGUGUUGUUGAGCAGUUAGCUGGCGCCUCGACCUGACCUUUUAAUUGAUGUUGCAAAGCCUUCGUCACGUAUUGUCCUUUAGCUUGAUUGUCCUCUUUUUUGUUAAUGUGGGGGGGCUUUGGAUCCCUCUGCUCGGCAAGGGCCCGCAGCUGCUGGUGGACAUCUACAAGACACAAAACAUUUAUUAGAUCGUUCCCAUAAGCACAGGAGUGGACAAACUUUUUGAUUCGCGGGCCGUGAUGUCGUCCAUGUAUGUGGUCUUUAACGAGAAUCACAUACAUACAGAUACAGCUUUGAUGCUAAAGGUUUAAAAAAUUAAUUUAUAAUUAUAAAGUCGGGCCAGGCUUGCACAGUGGACGAGUGGUUAGCACACAGGCCUCACAGCUAGGAGACCCAGGUUCAAUUCCACCCUCUGCCAUCUCUGUGUGGAGUUUGCAUGUUUUUUUUUCAUAUGUUUUUUUUUCGGGUACUCCGGUUUCCUCCCACAUUCCACAUAAAAAAAAAUUAAAUUAUAUUAUGAAAGCAGGAAGUGAACAAAUGUAACAGUUACUGAUUGUAAAAGUACCAGAUGGAGGGGUAGGAUUUAAUAAGCUUUGCUUCUUCCUACUCCUUUUGGACAUGUGGAACUGGAACUGAUUUGACAAAAAUACAAUUUUUUUAACAGAAAAACCAAAAAAAAACCCUUAAACUAUAUUAGGAAAGCAGGAAGUGAACAAAUGUACCAGUUACUGAUUGUAAAAGUACCAGAUGGAGGGGUAGGAUUUAAUAAGCUUUGCUUCUUCCUACUCCUUUUGGACAUGUGGAACUGGGAACUGAUUUGACCAAAAAAAAAAAUAAAUAAUAAUAAAAAAAAACCUUGAACUAUAUUAGGAAAGCAGGAAGUGAACAAAUGUAACAGUUACUGAUUGUAAAAGUACCAGAUGGAGGGGUAGGAUUUAAUAAGCUUUGCUUCUUCCUACUCCUUUUGGACAUGUGGAACUGGGAACUGAUUUGACAAAAAAAAAAUAAUAAUAAAAAAAAAAAACCUUGAACUAUAUUAGGAAAGCAGGAAGUGAACAAAUGUACCAGUUACUGAUUGUAAAAGUACCAGAUGGAGGGGUAGGAUUUAAUAAGCUUUGCUUCUUCCUACUCCUUUUGGACAUGUGGAACUGGAACUGAUUAUGUGAUGCAUUCAAUUGUAAUCUGAUGCAUGUUCAAAUGAAAUUAAACCAUUACCAUUACAUUCCAAAAACAUGCUAGGUUAAUUGGCGACUCCAAAUUGUCCAAAAGGUAUUUUUGUCACACUUAAUCACAAUGAAUAAAUAAUGCAUAUUUAAGCAAAUUGUACUUACUAUUGGUCGAUAAUGUGAGCAUUUAAAGCAUGACAAUGAAUCAACUAAAUGAACUAAACCACAUUGGUCACUGGUCUCGCUGCUCAUGACUAUAGGGGUGUUAUUUCAUGUCUAGAGGGCUCUAAUGUUUACAAAUUUAGAAGAUCGAAAACAGGUAAUUAUGAAAACAUUAAAUUUAUUGAUAUUGAAUUUUACUUUGGCCUGCACGGUGUCAAGUGGUUAGCACGCAGGGCUCACAGCUAGGAGACACGAGUUCAAUUUCAACCUCUGCCAUCUCUGUGUGGUGUUUGCAUGUUCUCCCCGUGCAUGCGUGGGUUUUUUUUUCCCCGGGUACUCCGGUUUCCUCCCACAUUCCAAAAACCUGCUAGGUUAAUUAGCGACUCCAAAUGGUCGAUAGGUAUGAAUGUGAGUGUGAAUGGUUGUUUGUGAUUGGCAAAUAAAGUUGAUUGAUUGAUGAUUGACACUCCGACUGUGAUGAAAAUGUGAAUACCAAACUUCACCUUUAACAUUGUUCACAUGCAUGGAUGACAAGGUGGUGAUGGCAGCCUUCUCCAUUCUUUGAAAAAGUGAUCUCCUUACAGAUUGGACCCUUCUUGUUCUUCCUUAAUAAAAACACAAAAACAAAUCAUGCACAAUUAAUAAACAAUUCACGUGCAUUAUGCAUCAUAAUGGCUGAUAUAUCUCAAUUUUUGGAGGGAAAGGCUGUUAAUUUAAGAGCAGAAGAAGAAGGCUGGCUUUAAACACGACACACAAUUAUUGUGUGACAAGAAAACCGCAAAAAACAUCACACAACAACGCAACAGACAAAUAAAAACAACAACAAUGAACGUGAAUGAAUGCGAAACUACAAACAAAGACCUAUUUUCAUCGACUUUGCCGCAAAGCACGCUGGGAACCAGGAAGUGUUCCCUGCGACGCUAUAUUACCAAUUAGGGCGGGGAAUUUAAAAAAUGGCGGCGGCCGUAGCGGUAUCAAGUAACGGGGUAGAAAAACUUAGCAAUAGCAUGUCAAAAGUAUGUUCUUUUACACCUAAAAAGGUAACGAUUCGGUGGUCUGUGACCUGUACAAAAUGGAGCACUACGGAGAAGACAAGAACCUCUGGACGUCCUCCUGGUUGUAGGAUACAGAAACAACAGCGUCCACUUCCCCGGUGUGGGGGACGUAGCCGGGAUGGGGUGAAGCGGCGAUGGCAGUGCCCUGCAGCAGUCCCAGCACGUCUCGCUGGUGGCUUUCGGAAAACAAUAACCCCGUGGUUUCGGUGCUAUCAUCUCUUAAGGGCGAAAGAGAAGAACGUGUCUCAAGAUCGGAGAGACCAGAGUCCUGCUGCUGAUCAA